UUUCUUCUUUUGUUGCCUUCCUCGCGGGAUUUCCUCGCAGAAAAUCUGAGCAGACCAUCCCACACGCAACAAUGAAUCAGUCAAAAAGCCCCNCCAAAAAAAAAAAAAAAGCUAUGAUUUCAAUCUACGAAAACCAUCUCUCUCUCCGGACUCCGACACUCUCUCUCUCAACUAAAAAUCUCUCCGGUGAUGUAAACCCAUCCACCCACCGCCUGCGGCCGCAACCAUGGGCCAGCGCCGCCAAAAGCGCCAUAACUCACCCAUCGAGAAGCACCUCGCCGGUGACCCCACAUCCAAGCCACUGUGGAAGUCCAUUUCCUUUCCCAAGCUCCUUCAAGAAAGAGCUGAAUUAGCUAACGAAGCCGCCACCUCUCCCUGGCAGUUCUGCCGCCGUGAAGCACGUGAGCUUUGGCGCGAGGGAAAUGAUCCGUUGUACCUAAAUGAAAUUUGUGGGUUUUUGUCUACACGAUUGAAAUUUGUGGCCAUUCUCUUGAGUCUAAAUAAGCAUCGAUUCAUCUUUGUGGAUGAUUUCCAUGGCUGCGAGUGGCAGACACUGUCCAGCGCAAGGUUGAAGACCGUAGUGUCAGAAGGUGGACAAGGAACAAGGUGCGAACGAUAUUCAUUUCUAGCGACGUUGACUGUUGGAAUUUCGACGAAUUCUAGCGGGGUUUGUUCGGCUUCUGGGAGCAAACGGGGAGAGCCGCUGGGCAUCAGUUUUGUAGUAGCACCCCAGGGGAUUUGCGGAAGUGUCGAAUUUAUGGCGACUUUCUGUGCUGCAACCGGAGGUUUUAUAAGGGCUGGAGGGCCACCAACAAUGUUUGAGGCAACGUCAAGUGUUGUGACGGGCGAGGGUGCUACAUUCUAA